UUGAACUUCCAUCAACUUUUGAUUUUUAAAUGGAAACCUAUACUAAAAACUUCAUAACGUAAUACAAAUAUUCUAUUUAUGAAUUUCCACGUUGAAAUUUUCAGUCUUCGUUUGCAGAUAAUUAAAUUGGCAUAGCCUUUCCAUUUAUAAAGUACUAAGGUAGGUACUCAUAAUUUACGAGUUAUAUCAUAACUUAUAGAAAUUAAUUAUCCUAAUUCCAAUGUAAUUUCCAUUACAUUUUCAUUCCUGGACACAAUUCUAACGAAAUUACGUGACUCGUAUUACAUAUUUUCGUUACGCUAUUACACCCAAAGCAGCCGUCUUCUAACACGAUUAAAGAUAAAAUUAAUUCUUUAAUCGUGUCAAUGAAUCAUUGACAAUGAUUCAUCAUUAUUGGACUCAAAUUUAACACACAUUGCUGUGACUUACUCAAUGAUGAAGUACACUCAACAUCUACUGAGGUCGGCCACCCUAGCAGAGAGGAUAAUCUACAACUGACAUUGCUGUUUGGUUUUGGUGAGGUGUUACAAAAUACACUAAAGAUAUUGAUUCUAACUUCUAUAUUCGAUGGAUCGUUAUUUAAACAACUAGAAUACGUAUUGAAAAAUAUCUAUUGAUCCUGAAAUUAAUGUAAUGGCUGAUAAAAUGAAGAAGAAAGAUCUAGAUAAUAUAAUAAAAGAUGGAUUUUCUUGGAAAACAAUAGCAGGAUACCACAUACCAUAUAUAAUGCGUUUAGUUAAUGGUAAACAUUUGAAAUUUGUAGCUACUCGGAUGGCUGAAUAUGAACUACUUAAAAAAUAUUUACAUAAUAUACAUUCUUAUAUUUAUACUUCAUGCACACCAGUGAUAGCUUAUGUGAUCACUGAUUCGGAGGCGAAGAUAUUAAAUUACAUAAACGAAACACAUUAUGGAAAUGGGAAAGAUUUUCAAUUCUUGGCAGGAAUAGAUUAUAUCGUCCUUUUAGAAGAUAUUCAUAACUUUUAUUUAUUCAUAGACAUAUGUUAUAAAAAAUUAAAGUGCAACAUUACUUCAGGUUACAAAGACAAAUGCGGUUUUGUACGUAUUGACUCUGACCCUUACUCCUGUGUACCAUAUUGUACUCAAAAUGGCCAAAAAUAUUUGCCUUUAUUCUACUUUGAAGGAGAUACAGAAAAUCUUAUACAACGAGCUGUAAAAUUAGAAAAUUGGAAUUUGGCCUAUCUCAGGUUCUGUUGGAAAAUUCAUGGUGUUAAAGCUGAGUUUUUUGCUGGUGACUCUUGCUUAGUGAUCAGCCUUGAUGAUAUCAAAAAUUUGUAUCCACCAGAAACACAUUUUGAGGAUAUUUGGCCAACUAAAAUGGCUAAUUCACAUCUCUCAACUAAUCAGAAGUCUUUCCAGACCAAUCCACCAGGUUCCUGGUUCAAAAUAGUCCCUGAUAAAAAUACUAUUUCUCACACUUCAACAGCAACAGUACCAAUCAUUCCACACAGUACGCAAGUGAAGAAGAACCAAAUGCAACAACAACAGAAGCAGCAACAACAACAACAAAUAAUAACUACUCCGCAAAUUCAAGCACAAGAAAAUAAUUCAAAUAAUACUCCAUACAAGAUCCAAAUGGCAGCACUCGAAGGGAAAACUAUCCACUGCAUAAAUGCCAAACCUUGUAUAUAUUCGGAUUGGAUGGUGACCUUAAAGGACGUUGUUUGGAUGGUGUUGCCUUCGUGCAAUGUUGCAAAAUGCGCUCACGUCCUGCACACUUACUUAAAAACGACAAUAUUAUUUGGGAAUUCUGAACAGUUGACCGUGUUGAGAGAGAAUGGACUCAUUCGGUCAAUGAACCCCGGAGAUACACCGAUGGCCAUGUUGAAAGACAUCACGCUAGUGUUACCACGGUUAAAGACAUUUGUGUUAAUGCAAGAUAAAGAAAUAAACCAAUACCAAUCUGCAGGUGGACCUUGCAAGUGACAACAUAACAGCUAGGAAUUGGCCGGGCCCGGGGGAAGCCGGCCGACUGUCCGAAGCCAUGUAAACUUUUAAAAUAGUUAAUUAAUUAGUUGUUUAUAUUUAACUUUUGUAUUGACCAAAA